AUGGAGCACCCCUCGUGCUAUCGUGUGGCCACCCAUUGCCUGGUUCCUACAGGCGGUGGCUCGGUCCGUGACCACAGCAGCCCAAGUGGACUAGAGAGCCCCGGAAGUGACGUCGGCGCGAACGCCCAGGGGCUGCUUGACAGGAGACGAUGUGAGGCCAAGGUCACCUUUAAGGUCACGCUCACUUCGGACCCGCGGCUGCCCUAUAAAGUGUUAAGUGUGCCUGAAAAUACACCUUUCACUGCUGUCUUGAAGUUUGCUGCAGAAGAAUUCAAAGUUCCUGCAGCAACAAGUGCCAUUAUAACAAAUGAUGGAAUAGGAAUAAACCCUGCACAGACAGCUGGAAACGUUUUCCUGAAGCAUGGUUCAGAAUUGCGGCUCAUUCCCAGAGAUCGUGUUGGGAGAUGUUGGCCUGGGCUUGUGACAAAAGAAUAUAGUGGACAACUUGAUCAGUAA